AUGCUAACAAGAUCUACUGAAUUUGAUGAAGAGUUAGGAGCAAAACCAAUAUAUGGUGUAUGUAUUGUAACAGAUCCAAAAAAUGCACCUAAAAAUUAUACUCCAAUUAUAAAAACUUUUGAUGAUGGAACAGAUGCCGAUUUAUGGAAAGAAGGAGGUAUAACUUCUUUUUUUAGUAGACCUGUUCGAUAUUUGUGUAUUAAUAGAGUACCAGAAAAUGGUCAAACUGAGAUACUUCAUGACAUACAAAUAAAAAAAGAAGAUAUUCUUAUACCAAAUGGAUUUACAGAGAUAAGCUUUACCUCUGAUACCAAAGAAAAAGGAUUAAGAAAAUAUCGCUUAUUAGUGAGCUAUUUACCAAAAGAAAAAAUAAUUGAUGCCAUAACAGAUAUAAUUGUUGUAAAAACUCAUAAACCUUAUCGAGGAUACACACCUGCAGGUGAAAUUGAUGGUCUUCGAAUUUGGUAUAAAGCAUCAUCUAUUCAAACAUGCUUAUUGGGUUUUCCAAAAUCAGCCUCCAAUCCAAUUAUGGAUGGAAAAUUAUAUCCUCAUUUACCUUCCCAACACUCAUCGUCAAUAUCUGAUAAUCUCAAUGGUGUUAUCAAUGAUGUUAAUUCAUUUACUAUAAAAGCUGUUGAUGAGAAAUCAAAAAUGUUACAUAAUUUACCUUUGAUAUUAAAUGAAUUAUAUGUAAAUGAUAAAAUAUCUAGUCAGGGAAAUUUUAAUCUUCCAGAAGUACCAUAUUUACAAUCUUUAAAUGGUGAAAUUUACAAGUAUGAUCUAGAACGAUCAAUACUUGGUGAGGGGUAUUGA